AUGCAAGUGCAUCCAACAAUAGAACGCGUGGGGAAGGUGGUGAUUCACCUAUACAUCACCACUAGCGAAGCAACUCGGUAUCGAGGUGUCACUGGUGUCAGUGCUCAUGCUGGCACCAAUAAAGAGGCCAGGGACCGAAAUGUCCUGCGCCACGCUCCCCAAGUGGAGACUCCGUGGAUGCCAUCAUCCAAGGAGCUGGAAGAGUUGGCCAGCACGACUAACGAUCGGGAUCGAAUCCCGUAG